GGUCGCGUCGGGGUCCCUUCUUCGUGAGGCUGCGCGUCGGCCCGGCCCGGCCCGGCCAGCGGGCAGAUGCCCCGACUUGCCGCUGUCGCCACCGCCGCCGACUCCGCCGGUGGCGGUGUGGGAGGCGGGCGACCGGCCCGGGGCCGCUGAGUGUGGCAGACGGGGCCGGGGGCCGCCGGGCGCUCCGGCGUCGGUGGCUCAGCGCGGACCAUGUAUUUCCUGAGCGGCUGGCCCAAGAGGCUGCUCUGCCCCGUGGGGAGCCCGGCCGAGGCGCCGUUCCACAUCCAGUCGGACCCUCAGAGGGCUUUCUUCGCCGUGCUAGCCCCGGCCCGCCUCAGCAUCUGGUAUAGCCGACCUAGUGUAUUAAUUGUAACCUACAAGGAACCUGCAAAAUCAUCUACUCAGUUUGGAUCCUAUAAACAAGCAGAAUGGAGACCAGAUAGUACAAUGAUAGCUGUUUCAACGGCAAAUGGCUACAUCUUGUUUUUUCAUAUUACAUCUUCAAGAGGGGACAAGUACCUUUAUGAACCAGUGUAUCCCAAAGGAAGUCCACAAAUGAAGGGGACACCCCAUUUUAAGGAAGACCAGUGUGCUCCAGCAUUAAAUUUAGAGAUGAGGAAAAUAUUGGAUUUGCAGGCACCCAUCAUGAGUUUGCAGUCUGUGCUGGAAGAUCUUCUGGUUGCUACUUCUGAUGGACUACUUCAUCUUAUUCACUGGGAAGGAAUGACAAAUGGAAGGAAAGCCAUUAAUCUUUGCACAGUACCCUUUUCAGUAGAUCUUCAGUCAUCUAGAGUAGGUUCAUUCCUGGGCUUUACAGAUGUGCAUAUCAAAGACAUGGAAUACUGUGCCACACUUGAUGGAUUUGCUGUUGUGUUUAAUGAUGGUAAAGUUGGAUUUAUUACACCAGUGUCAAGUAGAUUUACUGCAGAGCAGCUUCAUGGAGUUUGGCCACAAGAUGUUGUUGAUGGAACAUGUGUAGCAGUAAAUAACAGAUACCGGCUAAUGGCAUUUGGAUGUACAAGUGGUUGCGUGCAGGUUUAUACAAUAGAUAAUACCACUGGAGCCAUGCUACUAUCUCAUAAAUUAGAGCUAACAGCAAAACAGUAUCCUGACAUUUGGAACAAAACAGGAGCUGUUAAAUUGAUCAGAUGGUCUCCUGACAAUACUGUUGUAAUAGUGACAUGGGAUUAUGGAGGCUUUUCUUUAUGGAGUGUGUUUGGAGCCCAGCUGAUUUGUACACUUGGAGGAGAUUUUGCUUAUAGAUCUGAUGGUACCAAAAAAGAUCCCCUUAAGAUCAACUCUAUGUGCUGGGGUGCAGAAGGCUAUCAUCUAUGGGUAAUCAGUGGAUCUGAUUCUCAACACACUUCACAUGAGACUGACCUAAGGAGUACAGUUAAACAACCUAGCAUUCUGCUAUUUCAGUUUAUCAAGAGUGUACUCACUGUAAACCCUUGUAUGAGUAACCAAGAGCAGGUGUUGCUUCAGGGAGAGGAUCGUUUGUACUUGAACUGUGGAGAGGCCUCACAAUCCCAGAGUCCCAGGAAUUCCUCAGCACACUGUGAGCAUAAGCCCAGGCAGGAAAAGAGCUUAUUUGCAGAUGGAGGUUUAGAGUCUCAAGGUUUAAGCAAUUUACUUGGACAUCGGCAUUGGCAUGUUGUACAGAUUUCCACCAUCUAUCUAGAGAGCAAUUGGCCUAUACGGUUUUCGGCUAUUGAUAAACUUGGACAGAAUAUUGCUGUGGUUGGCAAGUUUGGUUUUGCACAUUACUCUUUACUCACCAAAAAAUGGAAACUUUUUGGAAAUAUUACUCAGGAACAAAAUAUGAUUGUGACUGGUGGCUUAGCCUGGUGGAAUGAUUUUGUGGUCCUUGCAUGUUAUAACAUUAGUGACCGUCAAGAAGAACUCAGAGUAUACUUGCGAACAUCAAAUUUGGACAAUGCCUUUGCUCAUGUCACCAAGGCACAAGCAGAAACAUUACUGCUUAGUGUCUUCCGGGACAUGGUAAUAGUAUUUAGAGCAGACUGUUCUAUAUGUCUUUAUAGUAUUGAAAGAAAAUCUGAUGGUUCAAAUACUACUGCUGGUAUUCAUGUUCUCCAGGAGGUCUCCAUGUCACGCUACAUUCCUCACCCUUUCCUAGUAGUAUCUGUCACUCUGACAUCUGUGAGUACAGAGAAUGGAAUCACCUUGAAAAUGCCACAGCAGGUUCGUGAUGCAGAGAGCAUUAUGUUGAACCUUGCUGGACAGCUCAUCAUGAUGCAGAGGGACAGGUCUGGCCCUCAAAUUCGGGACAAGGACAAUAACCCCAACCAAAGGAAACUUCUGCCAUUCUGUCCUCCUGUUGUACUAGCUCAGUCUGUUGAAAAUGUCUGGACUGCAUGUCGAGUGAAUAAACAAAAACGUCACCUUCUGGAAGCACUCUGGCUCAGCUGUGGUGGUGCAGGGAUGAAAGUCUGGCUUCCUUUGUUCCCUAGGGAUAACCGCAAGCCACAUUCCUUUUUGUCUCAGCGGAUCAUGCUGCCUUUCCAUAUCAAUAUAUACCCCCUGGCGGUUCUGUUUGAAGAUGCAUUGGUCCUUGGUGCUGUCAAUGACACUUUACUGUAUGAUUCUUUGUAUACCCGCAACAGUGCUAAGGAGCAGCUGGAGGUACUCUUCCCUUUCUGUGUCGUGGAGAGAACCUCUCAGAUCUACCUCCACCACAUUCUACGUCAACUUCUGGUCAGGAACCUUGGGGAGCAAGCCUUGCUCUUGGCUCAGUCCUGUGCUGCAUUACCUUACUUCCCUCAUGUGCUGGAGCUCAUGCUCCAUGAAGUGCUGGAAGAAGAAGCUACCUCACGGGAGCCCAUUCCCGACCCGCUGCUUCCCACUGUGGCAAAAUUUAUUACUGAGUUUCCCCUCUUCCUACAGACAGUUGUGCAUUGUGCCAGGAAGACUGAAUAUGCACUAUGGAAUUACCUUUUUGCAGCUGUUGGAAACCCUAAGGACUUGUUUGAAGAAUGUUUGAUGGCUCAGGAUUUGGACACAGCUGCCUCUUACCUUAUUAUUUUACAGAAUAUGGAAGUCCCAGCAGUAAGCAGGCAACAUGCCACCCUUCUGUUCAACACAGCGCUAGAACAAGGCAAGUGGGACCUGUGUCGACACAUGAUUCGAUUUCUUAAAGCCAUUGGCUCUGGAGAAUCUGAGACACCUCCAUCUACACCUACAGCUCAGGAACCCAGUUCAAGUGGUGGAUUUGAGUUCUUCAGGAAUCGAAGCAUCAGUUUAUCCCAAUCAGCUGAAAAUGUUCCUCCUAGUAAAUUCAGCUUACAGAAAACACUAAGUAUGCCAUCUGGUCCUUCUGGAAAAAGAUGGAGCAAAGAUAGUGACAGUGCUGAGAACAUGUACAUUGACAUGAUGCUAUGGAGACAUGCUCGGCGUCUCUUAGAAGAUGUGCGAUUGAAGGACCUUGGCUGCUUUGCAGCCCAACUAGGCUUUGAGCUGAUUAGUUGGCUAUGCAAAGAACGCACCCGUGCUGCCCGAGUAGACAACUUUGUGAUCGCCUUGAAAAGACUCCACAAAGAUUUCCUUUGGCCAUUCCCCAUCAUCCCAGCAUCCUCUAUCAGUUCUCCUUUCAAAAAUGGAAAAUACAGAACAGUGGGAGAGCAGCUGUUGAAGUCUCAAUCAGCUGACCAUUUUAUAAACCUUGAGAUGGAUACUGGUGUCUCUAACAUCCAACGGAGUCAGAGCUGGCUCAGCAGCAUUAACCCAGCCCAUCAUGAGAUAGACACAGCUUUAUCCCAUGGACCACAGAUGCAAGAUGCCUUCUUGUCACCUUUAUCUACUAAAGGUGAUGAAUGCAGCAUUGGUUCAGCCACAGACCUGACUGAAAGUAGCUCCAUGGUAGAUGGGGACUGGACAAUGGUGGAUGAAAAUUUCUCCACACUCAGUUUGACCCAGUCAGAAUUGGAGCACAUCUCCAUGGAAUUGGCAAGUAAAGGACCUCAUAAAUCCCAAGUCCAGCUGCGGUAUUUGCUACACAUUUUCAUGGAGGCAGGAUGUCUGGACUGGUGCAUCGUCAUAGGCCUGAUUCUUAGAGAAUCUUCAGUAAUCAAUCAGAUUUUGGUUAUUGCACAGUCUUCAGAAGUAGAUGGAGAGAUGUUACAGAACAUCAAAACAGGACUAUAUGCAGUGGACAGAUGGGCCUCUGCCGAUUGCCCUGGAUAUAAGCCAUUCUUAAAUAUCAUUAAGCCACAACUGAAGAAGCUCAGUGAGAUAACAGAAGAGCAAGUCCAACCUGAUGCCUUCCAAUCAACAGUAGUGGGUAAGACUCCUGAACAGACUAGCCCCAGGGCAGAGGAGAGCAGGGGAUCCUCCGGCCAUGGAAGUAUCCCCCAGUGUGAGGUUGGGGGAAGCAAUAUAGUUACCCGAAAAGAAGAGGACACAGCCCAAGCAGAAGAAGAGGAACCAUUUCAGGAUGGGACUUACGACUGUUCAGUGUCCUAACAAUAGUUAACAACAAAAAUUAUAGGUAUUAAAAGCCUCAAAUAUUCUGAGACAUGGUUGGAUUUACUUCAUUUUAGUAAUGAAGAAGACUUGUAUGUGAAUGUAGAACAUUCACAAGAACAUCAAGAGUUGGCAGCAUCGUAAGUGCCUGAUAACAGACUACUGUAAUAACAGUUGUAUUCAUAGCAUGGAAAAUGUUCAAAAUACAAUAAAAUGACAGAAAAUUCUGCAUACAAUAUGGUUUCCAUUAAGCAUAUAAAAUUUUAUACUUUUAAGUGUAUAAGAGAUCAGAUACCGUUUUUUUUUUUUUUUUGUACCAGAAAUCAAAUUCAGGAUCUUAUGUUUGCCAGGCAGACACUGCUGCUGAGUUGUAUCACUUGCCCCAGAUAUCACCUUUUAAUACACAGGAUUACUACUGGUUUUCCUGCAUUCCUAAAUCUGAUAUUUUUCAACAGUCAUCCUUGAAGAAAAAAAAAAUGAAAAGGUCUUUUCUCUUUUAAUCACUGGUAUGCAUGGAUUCUUUAGUAGCCAAUCUAUGAUACAUGAUUUGCAAAAAUUUUGUCUUUUCUAUCAUCUUUUCAUUUUGAUUAAUUUCAUUUUUCAGUCUUUUAUUGGUUAUACAGAUUAACAGGUUUCAUUUUAGGAAGUUAGUAAAUGCCAAGUUUGGUAACCACCCCCUCAAUUAUCCCCUUGUAUCCCCCCCACCCCCUUUUCAUGGAGGUAUUUCAAUGCAUGUGUUUUGCUCAUGUCUUCUAUAAUCACCAUUAUACCUUUCCUUUUCUCCAUUUCCUUUCUCAUGUCUAGUAGUCUAUGAUUUUUAGAUUCAACAUUGAAGAGAAUGUCAGUUGUCUUAGUCUGCCUUAUUUCACUCAAAUGGAUUCUUCUGGCUCGUCCACUCAAUUUUUCUUUAUGCCCAAGUAAUAUUCCCCCCUAUGUAUGUAUAUUCUACCGUUUUCUUUAGCCAUUCAUCUGUUGCUAGGCACUUAGGCUGGUUCCUUAUGCAAACAGAAUGUUCCAAGUUUGCUAACUUUAAUGUCUUCAGUUAUAUACCAAGUAGUAAUAUAGCUAGCUCAAAAGGUACAGUAGUUCUAUUUUUGUUUUUUGAGGACUCAUACUCAUUUCCACAGUAGCUGUACAAAUGAUGUAAAAGGGUUCCUUUUACCUUUGCAUCCUUACUGGCAUUUAUUGGGGUUUUUUUUUUGUUUUGAGACUGGAUUUCACUAUACAGUUCAGGCUGGCCUCAAAUUCUCAGGGAUCCUCUUCCCUUAGCUUCCUGAGUGCUGUGAUUACAGGAAUAUCAGUCUGACUGGGUGAGACUGAAUCUUGAAUUUUACAAUUGAUUAAAGAUAUUGAACAUUUUUUUCUAUACAGUAUGUCCCACAAAGUCACAGUUCAGAGUUCAUAGCUUCAGUCAUUUGUGAAUUUUGCUUUUCCUUAGAACCUAACUUUAGUUGUUUGCAGAAACCUCCACAAUUUCAUUGAAACCAUAGACCUUCCACAGUGGUUUAGAGCACUGGUUUCCUUGUUGUUGACUGGCUGCUGUGGCAGAUGCAUCAGCAUUCCAGCACCACAGCAGGUUGGAGAACUGUGCAGCUAUUUCCAUUGUUCUGUUUUGUUUUCAAAGUUCUAAGAUCCCCAAAAGCCACCAGAAUACCCUGCACAUUCUAAGUCUUUACAUAGCAUUCUGUUUAAAACAUGAAAAUUGGCAUUUAUAGUCAUUUUUUGUGACCAUAUCUUGCAUUUUUAUAGUUUGUGGAUGCUCUAGGAACAUAACCCCUAUGCAUUCCUGGGAUCCACUGUACUACUUAGCCAUUUUAAGCAAGUGAAGUGGAAUCUUAAUGUUAGCUAAAGAUGUUGAACUCUUUUUUAUAUACUUACUGAUCAUGUGUACUUUUCAAGUUUUUCAACUUCAUUAUAUAUUCUAAGUAUUCUGUAGGCUGUUUCUCAGUUAUUUUCCUUGCUGGGCUGAAACUUAAAAUUUGAUGUAAUCCCAUUUGUUGAUUCUUGUUUUUAUCUUCUAUGCUACUGGGGUUUCUAUUCCAUAAGUCUGCUUAUGCCUAUCUAUGGCUUCAAGUGUUUCCUGUUUUCUGUUAGCAGUUGGAAGGUUUCAGAGGUUUUGGAUCAAUUUCUUAAUUUUUUUGUAACAAGGUGAGAUGGUCAGUUUGUCUUGUACAAGUGAUGUCCAGUUUCCCCAGCACCAUUGCUGUCUUCUCUCUAACAUGUAUUUUUGAUUCCUUGGCGUGUGGAUUUGUUUCUACAUCUUCUGUUCUACUGCUGUACAUACUCAUUUGCAUGCCAGUACCAUGCUGUUUUUGUUACUGUGGUUUUGUAGUAUAAUUUUAGAAGUGAUAGUAUGAUGCCUUCACACUUACUCUUUUUGCUUAGAAUUGCUUUGGCUAUUUGUUGGUCACGUUUCCAUACAAGUUUUAGGAUGUUUUCUAAUUUUGUGAAGAAUCUCAUUGGUUUCUUGAGCUUGCAUUAUUGAAUCUGUAGGUCACUUCUGGUAACAAUGAUCAUUUUUACUAUAUUCUGCCAGUGCGUAAGCUUGAGGGGAGCCAUGUGCUUUUCUUUAGCGUUGUGAGAUUUUCAUUAUCAGGAUCAUUUACCUACUUUGUUAGUUUUAUCUCUAGGAACUUUAUUUGAAGCCAUUAUGAGGGGAAUUGUUUUAUAAUUCUUUCUUAGGUAGUCGAUUUUUGGGGUCUUUAGCUAGUCCUUUACUGGUAUAUGCUGAAGCUUCUUUUAUAGUUGAUUAUAUAUCCUGCUACAUUGCUGAAUUCAUUUAUCAGCUCCAAAGGUCUUUAAUAGUCUCUAGGGUCUUCUAUAAUUUGACUUCCUUUUUCUCUUACCUAAUUGUUUCAGGUAAAACUCAGAAUUGUACUGAAUGAGUUGUGAGAGUAGACAUCUUUGUCUUAUUCCUGACCAAUUUUUUUCCACUGGUUGCAUAAGAUUUUGGUGUCACAGCUAGGGGGGAAAUGCCCAAUUCAAAUUAUAUCUUCUAUGAAUUUUAUACUUUUUUGCUCAUACAUUUAGGUCUCUGAUUCAUUUUAAGUUACUUUAUAUGGUAUGAAGUAGUGGUUUGACAGCAUUUAAAUGUAGGUAUUCAGUUGUCUCAGCACUGUUUAUGAAAAAUAUUUCCCAUUAUCAAAAAUUAUAUAAAUGUGAGGGUUUAGUAUUGGUUUUAAUUAUAAUCUAUGCAUUUAUGGAAUUCUUUCAUUUUUGGAUUGUGUAUAGAAAUACUGAUUUCUGUAUAUUGAUACUGAAUCAUUAACCACUGAAGCUAACUGUAAGGUUCUGUGUGUAUGUUUGGCCUCCUUACAAUUUUCUAUAUAGAUGGUCAUGUUAUUUGCAACUACAGAUGACUUUAGCUUCUUGUUUCUAAUCUGGAUGCCCUUUCUUUUGCAAAAUUGCCCUGGCUAGAGUCACCAAGAAAUAGAAACUGGCAUGCUAUCUUAUCUUUUGUUUUUUCUGUUUAUAUAUGAUGUUCACAGAUGACCUUAACCAAGUUAAAUUCUAAGUUUGUCAAAGAUUUUUUAUCAUGGAAAGAUUUUAGAUUUUGUAAAAAACAAAAAAUUUUUUUGCAUCUACUGAAGUCACCUAGUUUCUGUCCUUAAUUCUACAAAUAUGGGCAUGCCACACAGGUAAGUUUUCCAAUGUUGAGCUUAGGGUAAAUAAAUGCUGGUUAUGCUGCAGGGCCAAUUUGAAUAAAAGAAAUUGUCAACAUGUUUUGUCAGAUUUUAAUAAAUCUGUAUGGUUUUGACACAGUAAAAGACAUAACAAGGCAUAACCUUUAUUGGACCUAAAAAAAUGGAGGUAUAUCAGGAAUGAAAUUUUUUUUAUCUGUUUGACUUUGUAUUGAACUAUUCUGAGGGAAUUCGCUUAGAAAGCUUUAAUUUUAGACACCUUUGGGUCAACCGCAUGCUUUGUUUCUGCCCAUCCCCUUGAGUGGAGAAAUUAAGUAGUGGGGGUCACUGUGGCUGAAAGGUAAUUUCUUCCCUCUGACCUACCCCUAAAAAAAAGGAGCAUCAUCCUUAAUUAUCCAGUUGAUGAUCUCAUCCCCCAAGGGAGAUGAUUUAAAACUUCCAAAUAAAGUUCACCACUUAUGAAGUAAGUUGUUUUAAUUUCUAUAAAAUUGAGGUGCAUAAUUUAUUCAAGGUCAAAAAUGAUUCAAACUGAUGGAAACAUUUCCAUGUUCAGUUUUUUGUUCAUAUCACUUGUUAAACGAUACAAAUAAGGCUGUGUAGACUUGGAAUAUGGGGAUAAAACAUAAGCAGUUAAAGAUUUUUUAACAGAUACCAACCAGUAUAUGAACUUUAUUUCAGUAAUAUUAUAAGGCAACAGUCCUAAACAAGUUCAGCAAACUAAUGAAACAGACAUUCACGCUUCCGUUAGCAGUCUGAGUAGCUCCCUUGGUUUGUAAUAUAUUAGUGAAUCCUGCCACGUUUAAUAAUAUCUGCUAAAUUAUGGAAAUACUCCAUGCAACAAUCACUUUUAAACAUAAGAAUUACUCUGAAAUGACAGUUCUUCACACUUUCCCUGAAUAUGUAGUACUGUGCUACCUACAUUAUUUUCUACAGACUUUAACUCUGUUUAUUAGAGUCUGAAAUGACUGAGAAGUUAGUUAUUCAAGUGGUCAAAUGAUCAUACUUAAUAGUGUACCCCACAUGUCACUUGGGCAGCAUGUAUUAUGCUGAGUGUUGCUUGGGAGGUAUCAUUCCAAUCAGUCAAUUCUUGCAUUGAAUAAAUUUGAUAAAAUUGUCAUUUUUAUAUUUCCUGUUAUAAAAAUUAAAAAUAUGCAAUUUUUGGUCAUCUUAUAUUUAAAUAAUUGGACUGAGGGCCAGGAAUGUAGCUCAGUAGCAUCUGCCUCACAGGCGUGAGGCCCUGAGUUCAAUUAUUGGUACCCAAAAAAAGAAAAAAGGGGAAAAAAACCACCAAAAAAACAGUACGUAAUUGGGGUAAGUGGUCAAAAGGGUAGGACCUAACAGGUUUAAUCUCAGAGACCACUGUGACAUAUUGUGUGCUUAUUACAGAGCUAUGAAUACUACAUGUAAUUACCUGGCCAUUUUUGACAUUAAAAUAACCUCCCAGAUCCUAAGCAUGCCAUAAGACAAAGUGAUCAUCUUAUUGCUAGCUUUGCAAAAUAUCAAAGCUUCAUAAUGCUAUUCAACAGAAUUAUUUCACUAAUCAACAGAAUCAUUUUGCACAGGCAUAUAACCAAAGGGAAAAAAGAAAACCAUGAUUAUUGCUGAAAUGACUUUCUUCCCAAAGGAAAGCAACUUGUUUUUCAUAUUUUUCCAACAUGGUGCUUUACUUUUUCUGUAAAUGUUUACUAAUCUAUUUCAGAUUAAUCACAAGGACAAUACAUGUUGACACACUAGUACUGUUACUUUUCUCCAAAACUCUGAUUCUGUAUAAACUAUAAACCCUACAAAGCGUAUCUGUUACAAUACUGAUACAUUAUGUAGCCAGAAACUUGAAGUACAUGAGAGGGAUAAAAUACGGUUUCUACAAAAGUCCAGGAAAACAGUGCCUCCAUUGUAAAAUCUCAGUUCUGAGAGAUGACAGCAGAAUGCAAAAUGUUAUAUCCAGCUUUUGUCAGACAAGUAGUUUUAGGAACAUUUUCUCCUUUGAUGCCCAAUUAUGCUGUUGCAUCAAACAGAUCUGAGAGCCUCUUUUUUAAGAAGCAUUCCUCUUUUUUCUUAAAGUAGACUUCUCAGGUGAUAUGGAAACAAAAAACUAGGGCCUAUAAUACAAGCUCAAAAUUUUUCAAACUUUUUAUAUUUCAUUGUGGGAAAAACUUUAGCCUAAUUUACCACUAAUCUCACCAAAUCCUAUCACUGUUGGAACCUAAAAGCCAAAAAGAGGUGCAGUUAUGAUACAAGCUAUGCCCCCCAUAUUAACGAUGAAAAAGCACCUUCAAGUCCUAAUUCCUGCCAUUUUACAAGACAUGGAUGCUAACAGCUAUAGGCCACAACCUCAAGUCUCAGGAAGGCUGGUCCCACUGGACAGUUAUCCAAAAAAAGCUGGCUAGAAAAAAGAGGGACCAGGUACAUCAAAUAAAAGUAUGCCCUAAGGAUUAAUUAAGCGUAUAUAACAGAAAAUUGCCAUGAAACGAAAAGAAAAAAAUACAUAAAAUGCAUCAGUUGUCCAUCCCUGUUACCCUCACAUUCCUCUCCCACCCCAGAAUGGCUAUGCUGGCAACUCUGAGAAAAGAACUUCAGAUUAUUUACUCGCACAAUUUUCUGAUCAAAAGAACCUGUAAAACCCAGAGGGAAAUGUAGCUGAACAAAUAAAUGUUCCCUUUCUCAAACUGACAAAGUAAAAAACAAAAUUUUUCAGGGGGAAACCUCAGGAGAGCAGCACAGCAAUGGCUCUCAGUGAUAAACUGUCAGUUAUUACGCUAAGACCUGGCUCUCCAUUGGGGGUCCAAGUUUUGGGACAGACACAAAGCAUACUCUAGAGCAGCAUUGGCAAGCCUUUUUGAGCUUUCAAUAAUAAACAGUCGGCAAAGACACACAUGCCAUAGGUCUGAUACCACUGCUAGAGUGCUUGAAGUGGUAUUGAAGAUGUUAGGGCCUCAAAGGUCCACAGAGCAAUCACUUUCCAGUGAACUAGAAGCUGUAUCUCAAAGGGAAUCCUACCCCAGCAAAUGUGUUUUACCUGCCAUCCACUGACACAACAAAUGAUUUUGGGCUUUAAUUGGAAAUUAUUUGCCUCAGUAGUGGUCUGACAGUCUACAUCAGUCAUGGUGAACCUAUGGCAUGUGUGCAGCAGCAGACUGUUGUCACUGAAACGUCUAGAAGGUUUAUAGUCACUGGUCUUGAUUUUAGAGGGAGAGCUAUAAAAGCGGUUUAUUGGCUUUUAUCUUUAAGGUCAUAUAAAAUGACAUGCCAUGGUGUGCAAUGGCAGUACCCACAAGUGCUUACAUGCCAAAAACUUGGCAUUUUCAAGUGUCAACAAGGCCAGGCCUCACUGUUCCACAGUUUAACCCACAGUUUGACCUCACAGAGCAAGGUCUCUGAAAAUAUGCUCAUUAAAAUUCAUUCACUUACAUGACAAAUAUCCAUGUAAAGGGGUGAAACUAUCACAUGGAGUAUGCACUGGGCGUGUACUUAGAGCUCAUCCACAAGAUUAAAACACAAAGAGACUGUAGGUGCACACCCAGGCAAUGGGAAAUACCCAAUCUGGCAACUUCUCCAUCAGAACAUCCAGGUGGGAGGAUCUGUUGUCUUCUCCAGAAUGAUAGUGGGCAGCAACGGCCACAGUGACCAUUCCCCCUUCAGGCUGUUCUCCUGAGACCUGCUGAAGAAAACCAGUUCUCUAAAGCCAGAAUACUGAAACUGAGGCUCUUGCCAAAUAUCAGGUAGCACACUGUUCAGUGAAACAGGAACUGCUGGGAAAAGCCUACCUGCACUUCUAUCCAGAACUUCCAUGCAGAGGCUUGGAGACCAUGGGAAUAAAAUACAAAAUAGUCUCCUCCUUUACAUGUGACUGGGGUGCCAUUACCAAGAGACCAAUGAGAAAGUGUCGAUCCUUUGUGGGCUCGAACAUAGACUGACAUAUGGCUUGGUCCUGUAAGAUGAGGAAGAACACUUAUAUCUUUGUUUAAAAAGCAUCAAUAAGAAAAGCAAUUAACCAACAACCAAACUUUACCAUGAAGGCUCAUGCCUUGUAUUACUUUAAAUGUACUCAGUACAAACAGGUUUACCAGUUUGAACAUUGUGUAUCAAAAGGUUAGGUGGUGAUGUACAGCAGAAAAGGUACAGAAUCUAGACGAGAAAGUUGGUGUGUAAAUGUUGGUGGUGUCAACUGCUACAUGACACUAGGCAUUCACAUAAUAAAUUUGAGUCAGUUUUUCUGUCUAUGAAGUAGAUAUUUUUGAGAGGAUAAGAAAAAGCAUAUGAAAGUGUUGGGAAGACAGCAGAGUGCUAUAAAAGUACUCAAUAGGAUGAUUAUGAAAAGAACUGCAAUUUUCAGACUUGAAACAUAACACCUUAAAAUAUUCUUUAGUUUCUUCCUUUAAUGCAACAAAAAUUUCCAGGAAACUUAACAAAGGCUGCCAUACCAAAAUAAAAAAGCUAAACAUAAAACCACAGCUAACUUUAAGAUGGAGAGCAGACAAAUGUGAAGAAAUAAUAGUUUUCAGCCUGAGGCAUGGAUGUCACAUGCUCAUGCCUGACCUGUUCCUAUGGCAAAGUUUUGUGACAAAUGCCACAAGUCCACCCUAAAUCUGUAAUGCUGUAGCAUGCUACAGAGUCCAGCUGGAAAGACUUAAGAGGAUAUUACAGUAUAUAUUACUUGAACUAUUUUUCUUUUGUUGUUUCUGGGUUUUUUGGUACUGGGGAUUGAAUUCACAACCUCAUGCUUGCCAGGCAGACACAUGGCCAUUAAGCUAAACCCCUGGCCCUUGAACUAUUUUUCAAAUGCAAAGUUCCUAAAAAAUAAAAAUAAAAGGGGUGGCAUCUUUUGACACUGAUUGGUGAAGGUGAAAUGAAGCAAAAAUGGCAAGUUUGUCCUGCAAAACAAAAACACUGGGAAACAAAAGCCAUCCACACCAACACAAAAUUUAGAACUUAAAAGUAUCUGUGGUACUGACAGAAGAGGGACACACUGGCUAAGAAUCUUACUGAUAGCAGAAAAAUGAAAAGAUCCAUAGUUAUUUUAAAAACAUUGAAACAGUACCAACACAUCUCCAAAAAAUCAUGCCAAGACAACUAGAAUACACUUAAGCGGGGUGUAGUGGCACACACCUGUAAUCCAGGGGCUGAGGCAGAAUGAGCAUUCUAAGUUUGAGACCAGCUUGAGAUACAAAGUGAGCUCAAGGCCAGUCUGAACUGCAUAGUGAGACUCAGAAAAACAGUCUCAGAAAAACAAAUCAAAUGCAAUACAAUACACUUUCAAAAAUACUUGGAGAUAUGGGAAAAAAAUGACAAAAACUAAGACUUCUAAGGAAGUAUGUAAACUACAAGAAAUUGAAAUCAAGAAAUGGAAAAAGCAGAGUAAAUUACAAAGUUUCUGUUAACGAUUUAUUUCUAGAUGUCCCCUAAAACCUCAUACAGUCAUGGGCUCUGGGAAGGUGACUGGAUCAUGAUACUCAUCAGAGGACUAAUCUACCAAUGAGUCUACAGUGAUAUGUGACAUUAGGAGGUAGAGUCGGGUUGCCGGGGUGCCUGAAGGGUUCCAUCUCCCUCCUCCCUUGAUCUUUGUGCUUCCUGCUACCAUGCUACCUUGCUGUAGAGUCAGCUAAGAACUGAAGCCACUAUAAAGAGCUACAAUAAACUCUUUGAGUUGUGGAUGUCAGAUACUGUAAGUGAUGAGAAAGACAAUAUCCAAGGCAAAAUAAAGUCAAAUGACAUCAUGAAGGGCUAGAAAGAUACUAAGAAAACAAAAUCAAGUAAAAAGUCACUGCAAGGUAAAACUGCUAAAUACGAUGGUGCACGCCUCUCAUAGCACUCAGGAGGCUGUGAGGCCAAGAGGAUCACUGAGUUCAAGGCCAGCCUGAGCUCCAUAGCAAAACCCUGUCUCAAAAGGACAAAAAAUAAAGUUUAAAAAAGGUUAAAAGCAUGAAAAGAAGUGUUUGAGGUAAGUGGAAGUAAUUUUUGUUCUUUUUUGAGAUAGCACCUCACUAUCCAGUUCAGGCUGGGCUUAAUCUCACUGUGUAGCUAAGGCUAGCCUUGAACUUGCAGUGAUUCUACCUCAGCCUCCUAGGUUGCUGGAGUUACAGGCAAGUACCACCUCCCCUAGCUGGAUGUGAUUUUUGUAAAGACCCAUCUGAUAUCCAGAAAGAGGAGUACUGAAAAUAGAAAGCACUAAACAUUUCUUAAAAAGCAUUAAACAUUAAGAGCCCUUUUUAAAUACUAAAAGUCAGAAUUCACAAUGCACAUACAAAAAUGUGAUAUACACCUUAAUCCCAGUACUGUACUCUUGAGAGGCUGAGGCAGGAUAGCAAAUUGGAGCCCAGCCUAGACAACUUUGGGAAAACGUCUCAAAAAGGACUGGAGAUUUUAGAAUUCAUCCACUGGAACCAGAGAAGGGGGCACACUAUAGGAGAUGCAAGAAGAUACAGUAUAUACUGACUGGAUUAAGCAUGCUGCAAUGAUCAAAAAUACAGUGAAUGUUUAACUUACUACAGUACAAGAUAUACUGUCAAAAAUGAUGAGGUAAGUGUGGGGAGUACUUGGGAAUUAAUGGCAAUGUGUCUUUGACGUCAAUAUUUUUUUUAGUUUAAACACUUUUUUAAAAAAUCACACCAGGUUGAUCAACUUUAUGACAAUUUCUGUAAAACACUUUACACUGUCUCAUCUACCUUUUUUACUGGAUCUGGUACUGUGCAACUUCUAGCUCUUCCACAAAUUCAAAAUGACCAUAAAAGGUAAAUUGUUUUGAAUCAAUUCAGGACAUCAAAAGUAGCCCUGAAAGCACAAUUAAUGACAAAAGAAGAUUUCCAAAAUUGCUUCAGAAAGUGGCAUGAAUGAUAGGAUAAGUGUAUUUAAAACAAGGAAGGGUACUGAGAAGCGAGUGAAUGGCAAUAUGUCUUUACUGUAAUGAAGUUUUAAAUACAGAUGGUUUCCUUGCAUUUUGAUCACACCCAUAAAUCAAAAAUAUUGUAAAUAUAGGUGGUGUGCUCCUAUAAUCCCACACCCAGGAGGCUGUGGCAGGAGGAUCACUGUGACUUCAAGUCUAGCCUGGAUUACUUUGGGAGUUUAAGGCCAGUCUGAACUAUAUAAUGAGACUCAGUCUUGAAAAAGAAGGAAAAAAAAAAAAACCCCACCUUGGAUACAUAUAAAGCAGUUAUAAAAGUAAAAUUCAUAGAAAGAGGUUUUUUUUUUUUUUUUUACAGUAAAACUAAAAAUGACUUCUACAGCCAGGCAUGGUGGUACACACCUAUAAUCCCAGCAACUGGGAGGCAAGAAGACUAUAAAUUCAAGGCCAGCCUAGACUGCCAAUUGAGACCUUGGUCUCAAAAAAAAAAAAAAAAAAAAAAAAAAGAAGUGCAAAAGGAGGAGGAGUAAAAUAACCAAAAGAAAACAUAGGGACAUACAAAUGCUCAUCAAAAUGAAAUAGAGACCAGAGCAAAAAUGAAUAUAAUUUUAAGUCAAGUGCCCAACUGUCUUAAAUUAGUAAGACAAACACUGUCUAAGGUAAAGAGAAAUCAUUUUUAUAUCAUAUUCACAAUAUUUUCUGGCCUUUACACUAAUAAAUUUUAAAGCCUAGAAAAAACUAGUACUGUACUUUGCUAGGAAAUUAGAAACUACCAAAACUGAACAAACAUUUUGCUAGGAAAAUACAGAUUACCAAAACUGACACAUAGGCUAACCUGACCAACUUUCCUACUAAAAGUUAUUAAGAUGUUCCUACUCAAGAAUUCAAGCUAUGGUAACCAUUGUUGAUCACCUUGUAUUAUGUUUUUAUAUUAUCUAUUAUGUCCAUCCUUUUGACUUGACCGAUUCUGUUCUGUUAUGUCUCAUUUGGUUUUACUCUCUUCCAAAAAAGCAAUAAGAACCGUGGGAGCAAUGAAACCCAAAAUGUGUAAUAGUCAUUGUACAAAAGAGUGGAAAAGAAAGUGCUCUAAACUAUAUAACUGCAUGUAUAUUUAAGUGUAUAAGAUAGAAAAUGGUAUCACAGAGUUUUAUUGGAUCAUUGAACAGAACUGUUUGCAGUAUCAUUGUUGGAAUGUCCACUCUACAAGCUUUAAUUUUGUGACUUGAACAAUUAUUUCUAAGAUGGCAAUAUGUAAUCCAUUAACUAGUGAUUUCCUACUGUUCAUUUUUUUCUUCUGUAAAUCUGUAUAACUUGUACCCUUUCACUGUUUUUUUUUUCUUUUCUCCUUAAUUAAAAAAAAAAAAAAAAAAGAAUUCAAGCUAACCUUUUCAAACAAGUAAUUCCAAUACUCCAUAAAUUGUUUUAAGGUAUGAAAAGUGAAGGGAAAGAUAACUAAUUUAUUUUUAUGAUGUAUAACAUUGGCACCUAAACCUGAUAAAAAGGACCAAGGGAAAAAAGUCAUCGUUCAUACGGGUGAUGCAAAAUUUCUAAGAAACAUUAGCAAAGAAAGUCCAACAUACAUUAAAGAAACUGUAAGUCAGGAACUAGUAGGAUAUACUAUCAUAAGAGACACAAGGUCAAAAAAUCCUAUGAUUUCAUUCACAGAAGCUUAAAGACUCUUGCACAAAAUUAAACAUCCAUUCCUGAUUUUAAAAAUUCAAAAAACUAAAAAAAAUAAAAAUAAAAAAAUUCAAGAAACUUACAACUGAAGAACGCCUGCUAAAGACAAUAAAAAUAGGCACCUUAGUCCUAAAGGCAGUAUCUUACAAGUAGGAAAGCACUACAGAUCCCUGCCCUAAUAGGAACAAAGCAAGGAUGUCUACUAUAUCCAUGACUUCUACACCAUGUAUAAUUAUUAGUAAUUCAAAUAAUUAGAGUUAUAAGAAUUAGUAUAAAGGAACUAUAUUUGUAGAUGGUAACAGUAGUCAACUCCACCUGAGAUUUAUUCUUUACAUAGCUCUCAGGUUAAGAAUGGUUUUUUACAUUUUUUUUAAAGAGUAACAAAAACAGAAAAGAACCUGUUAUAUAGAUAUAUAUGGCAAAACCUAAAAUAUUUACUAUCUAGCCCUUUAUAAAAGGUUUAUAACCCCUGAUAUUCCUAGAGAACCCUGAAGUAUAAGUUAUUAAACUAGCUCAGAAAAUGAAAGUCAGUAAGGUAAUAGGAUAUAAAAUAAAUCAAUUAUCUUCAGAUGUACAAAAAAUAACUGAUUAGGGGAAUAAUCAUAGAGAAAGCCCCAGGCUAUAAAUAGCAACAAAAUCUACAUAAAGAAAACUACAGCACUCCUAAGACAAAAACAGAUUUGAACAAAGGAAAGUCAUUCCCAGUUUAUACAUAGGAUAACUCACCAUUUCUUGAAUUUAUUAUGGUACUCAAAAAACACUAAGAAAUAAGCUUUCGUGGGGGCAGGUUUGACUGACGGUUUAUGGUACUAGGGAUUAAACCCAGGGAGCAGUAAACAUGAAGCGAGGGAAGAAAGGAGGAGAGAAAAAUGCAUCUGGCUUACCUGUUGCUUCAAAGGUCAACUUUGUAGAGUCCCAAGGUGUCUGUUCUUUCGAUAUAAGUCUGAAGCGAGCAGGAUUUCUUGGAGAAACAUCUGGAGCAGGAAGAUACCAGUUUUUCCUAUUUGGAAAGGUAGCUUCAAUAUUUAGGACCUUAUUAGCUGGCAGCUAUCCAUUACAUAGGGAAAUGUUUAGAAUACAUGAACAUCUCUUUGAAUAACAAACUGACAGAUAUGAUAAAGGAAACCAACUUCUUUUAAUGCCUGGUUAUUAUAUAAUAAAACUUCGCUGAGCUUGGUGUCGCGCUCCUAUAAUCCCAGCACUUGAGAGGCUGAGGCAGGCAGAUCACUGCAAGUACAAGACCAGCCUGGGCUACCAAGGGAGCCCAGUCUGAACUGCAUAGUGAGACCCUGUCUUUAAAAAACAAAACAAAAAACCUCAACUUUGUAAUACCCAUAAUACCUACAUAAUUGUAAUACUUAUAAUACCUAGCUAACAAAUAUUCCCCGAAAGUAUCCUCUCCUUAGAGGUGCAGUCUUUACAUAAGUAGAUUAUGGGGGCACCACACCAAACUAGCUAUUAGCAGGUAGGGUUUAGUCAGAAGAGAAAGGUAACUGGAGGUGUGGUCUUGAAGGGUGUAGCUCCCUCCUUGGCUCCUCUCCCAUCUGCUUCCUGGCUGCCAGGACUAUGCAGCUUUUCUCUGCAGUAGGCCCUUCCACUAUGCCCUUCCUGGCUGAUGCUAGCCAACUGUAUGAACUGGAUUCCCUAAAACCAUGAGACAAAAUAUCCUUUCCUCCUUAAAAUUGUGGCUAUUAGGUAUUUUGUCCUAGCAACAAGGAAAAGUGACUAAAACACUAGUGAUCUUGAUUUCCACUACACGUCCUCUCUCUCCUCACAGUCCUCCACUGCAAAACUAUAAAAACUUCCCAAAGAUAAAACCAUUUGUGACUGAUGUUUAACUGCUAUUAUAUUCAUAGAGAGUGUCACCCUUUCCAAGAGCUGAAGUUUCUAGAAGAUUUUUUAAAUUUGAAAAAGCAAAACUAUCCUGAGUUAAAUAAAUACAUUAAAGGAGUGUUCUGUAGUGAUUAAAAAAUAGUAUAAAUAGCACCUGACUUGAAAGUUAAGGAUAACAGCUUAAAUAAUAGAAUACUAAUAUACUGACAGGACUUGAGAACAAACUAAACCCCAACUUACAUAGAAAAGUAAUGAACCAACCUGAUUAGAAAAUGCACUGGAAGAUACCAUGGGAACCCACAAAGAGGUGCAUUCUCCUCACAGUGCGCUCGAACAGUAUCAUUGAUCUCAGGAAUGUGAGGUGUUAUGUGAGACAAUCCAGUAUAAUCAAAUCCAUUGAUCCAUAUUCCAGAGUCCCUUUUAACUAUGUUUCCUUCUAAGUCAUGAAACGUUCUAGUCAUAUGCUGAAAAGAACAAGACUAAUGAGAAAACUGUUUCAGCUACUUUCUGCAUUCCCAACCCAGGUUAAUAAAGACUGAGUAAAAUAUAACCAUACCAAGGAAUGUAGUUAUGGCACAAUAAGAAAAGAAUACUUAGGUUUAAUAAAAUAUGGCUAGAGAUUUAUUUUAAACUGCAUGACAGAUAUUUAAGUAACUGUCUUAUUAUGUCUGUCUGUCUGUCUAUCUAUCUAUCUAGUGUUUGUUGUUUUGUUUUGUUUUGUUUUUUUUGGUACAAGGAAUCAAACUCAGGACCUCAAGCUUGCCAGACAGGUGCUGUGCCAUUGAGCUAUAUCCCUGGCCCCUGUCUUUUUCUAUUUUAAUUUUAUAUAAAAGUUUUGCCUGGGUACAGUGAUGCACAGUAGCUAUAGUCCCAGCUACUCAGGAGGAUAAAGCAAGAAAAUCACUUGAGCCCACAAGUUCAAGACCAGCCUGUGAAACGUAGCAAAAACACAUCUCAAGAAGAAAGACGAAAAACAGGGAGCUGGGGAUUUAGCUCAUCGGCAUAAACACGUGUCUUGAAAGUGUACCGUCAUGAGUUCGAUCCCCAGUACCAAAAAAAGGAAAAACAAAAAAUUAAAACAAGACUUAAAAGAUAUGAAUUUUCUACCUUUUAGAAAAGGAUUUAAAACAAAUACAGUACAUUCUAAACACAUUAUACAUUCAGUCAUUUCCCUUCAGUGUGUAACAUGAAGCCAAUUCAUAUGCAGAGAAAAAACGAACUGCACCCCAACAGGAGAUAACAAGUUUGUGCCUAAUAGAAUUCUGUGAAAAACCACCAUGCUCCAAAGAAGUUUUAUUAACCACUUAACAGCCUAAUUAUUUAUGCAGGAUGACCAAAAAUCAAUAUUUUUCUGCACUUUUUAUAACAAAAAAUACAAAAUGACCAUUUACAAAUUUGUUCAAUACAAAAACCAAUUGGUAAAAAUGACAAGCAAUGCCCAAGCAAUGCUCAAGAUAAUCAGUGCGUAAAUAAAUGUGCUGCCCAAGUGAUGCUCAAAAUAAACUGUCAAAUGGUUAAAGCAGGAAACUAGCCUGAAAAGAAUCAAACAGGAAAAGGCAGGGGGGGCUGCAUAUGGCAAGGAGUGGUAAACUAGUUAGCAGUCAAAUUACCCACUUACUGUAUAAAAUUUUACUGAAAUACUGCCAUACACAUUGGCUGAGUUUUAACCUAUAACUAAUUUUGCUCUAUAAAACAGGUUAACUGUAAUAAAAGACUAUAUUGCUAACAAGGCCUAAAAUAUUUAUUAUCUUGCCUACAAAGGAAAAUCUGUCAACUUCUGGCACAGAGCUGAAGCUCAAAACAAAUGAGAACAGAUUUUUUUAAAAUAAAAAUCUCGCUUUUCCUAAAUCUUACUAGCAUGAUUAUAAAAAUUAGCAUCUCACAGCUGGGCAUGGUGGCUUACAACUGUAAUCCCAGCACUCCGGAGGCUGAGGCAGGAGGAUAGCUUCGUUUGAGACCAGCCAAGGCUACAAAGUAAGCUCAAGGCCAGCCUGAACUGCAAAGCAAGACCCUGUCUCAAAAAGACAAAAAAAAAGCAUCCCAAUAGAAACCACAAUGAACCUUCUAAAACCUGUUCUUCACAAAGGUUAUGCAAAUUAUAAGUUUGUCACAUAAAGUAUACCAGUCUUUCAAAACUAAAAGCAAUACUUUUUUUGGCCCAUUUCAAAAUCUUAAGUAUUUUUAAUUUUUCCAGUCCUUCAAAAAUUACCUAGGUUAUGCUUUGACACUCUGUUUAACCAUUCACAACCUUUAACAUAGAUGGCUGAAAAUGAAGCUGAGGCUUUAUACCAGAUUUAAAAGAAAAGGCAACAGGAAGUUCUAGAUCUCAUUUUAAUAAUUCCUGUCCACGCUCAGUUAUUUUCAUCAUCACAUCAUCAUACUGUGUAUUAUUUAAGCUUUUAUUUAUUGUUAUUUAUUUACUGAUGUAUUUUUGUGUGUGUCUUUUUCUUUUUUAUCGGUACCAGGGAUCGAACUCACAAUUGCCUGCUUGCAAGGCAGGUGCUUAUGCCGCUGAGCUAAAUCCCCAGCCCCAAAUAAACAACUGAUGUAUUUAUUUAGGUACUGAGAAUUGAACCCAGGGUCUUUGUACUCAACUCCGUUCCUAGCCUUUUUUUUUUUUUUUUUGAGACUGCCAAAGUCAAUUUAUUACCUGUGUUGAACUGAAAACUGAUAGUCAACUUAAACACCAGCUGAACUGUAUCAGCAUGGUGCUGAGCAUGGAUGGCCCAUCUUAAGACUUCUGGCAGUAUAAAAAGGAGACCUGGAAAGGAAGAGUAGUGCUGUGGGUUCUGCCAAGUAGUGGUGGUGUUUGCAACUGUUGAUCCUCGUAGAGGAGCAUGUCAUGUUGGCUUCCCUGACAUGAACUAGGCUGUUAUCAUCAGAGGAGCUCAGGAUCUUGUCGCUGAGAAUGGCUGUGGUCACUCUGGAGGAGCUCUGGUCUUCUUUGAGCAUCACUUCAUGGUUCCAGAAGGAAAAGAUGUGUGUUGUUUGAUCUCCAGGAAAACCUUGUUACACUGGCUUCCUGAUAUGAACUCGAUUUUCUCACUGUCGGAGGAGCUCAGGACCUCGUUUUUGCUGGGGAUGGCUAUGGUACUUUGCAGGGGAGCCUUAGUUCUUAUCUUAAGCAUCGCUUCUUGGCUCCAGUGCAAAACCUUCAACCUAUUAGUACAGAUCCUACACCCUGCUGGCAAAGACUUUCUGGCUUCCACUACUGAACUGUGGGCCUUUCCAGUGCAGAUCCAUGAAAAGACUUGCAUGAUCAUUGUCAUAGUUGCUAGGCCUCUAGUUGGACUCCUAAGAAGCACUGUCAUGGGCUCUAGGUUUUCCUCUGAAUUCAUGCAGUAUAUUGCUAUGGGAUCCAGGCCCUUGGCUGGAUUCUCUAGGUCUUUAGUAUGUGGACAAACUUCCUGUGCUUUCUUUAUAUUUGACUCCUUGGGUGACCAUUAAAAAUACUAUAAAUUAUGUAUCCUAUAUGUAAUUGUUUUCCUUGCAAUCCCUUGACUACCACAUUGUACCAGCUAGGCUUGAACUUGUAAUCCUGCCUCAGUCUCCCAGAGUACUGGGACUGUGGGCUUGCACCACAACAACCAGCUAAGCUCCAUUUUAAUAGCAUUUUAAAAUAUCUUACUUUAUUCUGUCAGUUCACUGUUAAGAUCUUUACUCAGUCUGCAGACAUUUAUACAAUCUAUUUUUCUAAAAGCUCAGUAUUCUCUGCUAUGUAUUUUUUUAUUUUUCCAAAAAGUACAAUUUUAUAGUUUAGGCUGUGACAUAUUCGAUUGUGCCUCUUAGGAGAAAUAUGUCUAUCCAAUAAGAAUGCCACUCAAUGGUCAGUCUUUUUCCUCACUGCUUUACGUAUGAAAGAGUAGUGAACCAAGGAAAAUUUCCCCUCCUAAAUUUCAACUCCACAAAAUUGCUCUUACCUGAAGAAUCAUUCUCUUUGGCUUUGGAUUAGCAGGAUUGGAGCUGUAUGGGAAAAAGGUUCCACUGCAAACAAGGAGGAAUGUAACUGUACAUACCAAAGUUAGAGUUAGCAUGGUUUUUUUUGUGCUUCUGGCAAGGUAGAUGAAGUUCAC